AUGGGUGGUGGUAGUAUUAGAGAAUCAUGGUGUUUUUGUAAAGGGGUGAGUAAGUCUGAGAGAAUGAAAGGUGCUAUUUUUUCAGGAAAAAACCAAGCUUUAGCUACAAUUAGUAACAGUAAUGUUGUUAAUGGUGUUUCUGGAACUGGGUUUCUUAUUCAUAGGAACCUUCUUUUGACUACUCAUGCUAAUCUUCCUUCUGCUGUUGCUGCGAGUAGCUCUGAGAUCCGCUUGCAUAAUGGUGUUGCGGCUACUCUUGUUCCUCAGAGGUUUUUCAUUACAAGUUCUGUAUUGGAUCUUACUAUAGUGGGUUUAGAUGAUGCGGACGGAGAAUCAAACGCGCAGGGUCAAAACUCUCACUACUUGAAGACUUAUUGUAAAACCAAUCUUGAUCUAGGAAGUGUAGUGUACCUUUUAGGCUACACAAAGAAACAAGAGCUCACUGUUGGCGAAGGAAAGGUCGUCAUAGCGACCGACAAUCUCAUAAAACUCUGUACCGAUGGAAUUAUAUGGAGUCCAGGCUCUGCAGGAUUUGAUGUGAAUGGAAAUCUAGCUUUUAUGAUAUGUGAUCCUAUGAAAUUAUCUACGUCACCGAAUACAAAAUCGCCUUCAACUUCUGGAUCAUCUUCCUCGUCGUGGAAGAAGGAUCUCCCAAUGCAAUUCGGCAUACCGAUUCCUGUCAUAUGUGAUUGGUUAAAUCAGCAUUGGGAAGGUAACCUUGAUGAGCUUAACAAGCCGAAGUUACCGCUCAUGCGGUUGAUGUCUAACGGCCCUAGGAGCGAACAUUCAUGCGCUUCCUUCACUUUGCGGCAGGUUUUCAAGUCGGCAGAUGGUGACAAUGAGGGCACCUCGUCUUCAUCAAACAACAAUGUCGUAAAAACAAGAGAUCAAGGACAAAGCUCGGUUGCUGCCGCCAACACUGCCGAAGAGGAAAACAUGAAUACCAACUCUAAUGCUGCACAUAUACAGGGGAUUCCAACUCCAGAAAUAUAUGAAUCGCCUAGAGUAACUUCUGUGCCGCUCAGAAAGAAAGAAAACACACAAAUACAACUUUUGGACAUCAAUUUCCCCCCAAGGAUUGCCAAACCUGCAGUUUUAUCGCAAUCGUCGAAGGAACCGUAUCCGAAACCUGCUGAACCUCUGCAUGAAAACCAGCCAAAAGGAGAACAAAACCAAGACAGAAUGCGAAUGCCAGUAACAACUCCCAUCGCAGAAGUCUCCUCAACAGGUUCUGUUAACGGAGCUCUAAGUGAAGUUCAAUCUAGUUCGUCUCCCGUUGAUGCUUCCCAAAUGCGCGACGGAUAUACUAGCGAAGGAGAGACUAUGUACUCAGCAGAAACCGCAGAGAGCCGUAACUACACAAGUCCUCGAGAGUUGAACUUCCAACAAGUGGGAAGGAGUCAGAGUUGUGUUAGUCACAAUAGAUGGGGUGCUGCAAAGAGGAGUCAAGUUGCUCGCGGGAUGCUAGUUGAAAAUCAAAGAAGCUUCAUGAAUGUAAAGAAGAUGCAUUCACAAGGAGCAACUUCUCAGAGAAGCAACGAGUAUUUCAGCCCAACCGUGUCGUCGAUCAUGAAACGUAACGGCUCCGAGCAACCAACAAGAUCCAGGCAAACUGCUUUUCAUUCUCCUUCACCAAGAUGGAUGUUUUGA